AUGACUGAUAGUUCAUGUCCGACAAAUAAUCAGACAGCGAACGAACGCUGGGGCCUUAAUCAUUCAUGUACAUUGGAUCAAGUUACUACCGAUAUUGAGAGUCUAAAAUCUAAGAUGUCUACCCUUCAGUCGUCAGUUUUGUCUUUUGAAAAUGUACUCAAAGAUCAUGACACGAUAUUAUCUUUAUAUAACAGAGCGGCGGAUUUAAACGAAAAAUAUUCAGUUGAAAUAAAUGAGAAAACAAGAUACAUAAAUUCUCUUGAACAAAAGCUAAUUAAAGUCGAGGAAGAAAGAGACUCUCUACAGCUCGCGACAAGGCGUAUUGCACAAGACAAACUUUGUCAACAUAGGGGUAAUAGUGUCGGUUGCCAGUGCCGCAAAAGCAACUCCGUACCAUGGCAAAAAAUUCCUAAUAGUAAUAAAAACUUUCAUAAAACUAACAGUGUAAGUCAACCACAAAUAACGUAUAGUAGAUAUGAAUGUCUAAUUGAUGAGGACGAAAUUGCUGAAGUUGUUCAGCCGGAACAAUCGGCACAAUGCCCACCGGAGCACACAAGCUAUCCUACUGGUAAUGAAUGUCUAAUUGGCAAUUCCAGCUUUUAGUUUAUGCGUGCAGGGGACGAUGGGAAGUAAGGUAUCACAUUGCUGAUUAUGCUGAAAAAAUAAAAAUGGUGGCCGUGUAAACACGGAGUGAUAGCUUAUACUUGCAAAUAUUGAAAUAUUUCGGUUGCUUCAGUAGUUUUUAUUGAAAUUUUUCAGCAUAAUCAGCAAUAUGAUACCUUACUUCCCAUCAUCCCCUGCAGGCAUAAACUAAAAGCUGGAAUUGCCUAUUGUUGAGGGUGAAACUGAUGAAACUGUUCAGCCGGAACAAUCAUCACAAUGCCCACCUGAGCACACGAACCAUCCCACUGGUAAUGUUUAUCAAAAUCCCAAUCGCUCUGGAGACCAAAGUGCAAGACCGUGUGUUGUCUUAAUCGGCGAUUCUAUCAUUAAAAACAUCAUUCCACAGAAGCUGUCGCAGAAAAGAGUGCAUAAAUUUACAUACCCAGGUAAAUCAGCGGACGAAAUAGAGUUCGAAAUACGCACUAUAGAUCAAAACCUAGCGCCUUCUCAUGUUAUAUUACACUGUGGAACAAACAAUCUUCCAACAGACGACCCAAAUGCUUGCAUCAAAAACUUGAAGAUCUGUGCUGGAGAGUGCAAGGCAAAUUUCCCAAUGCACAAAUCGGAGUGUCAACUAUCACAUGUAGAAAAGACCUUCAAUUAGCAAAUAAAAUUGAAGAGGUCAAUAACAAGAUCAAAGACAUGUGUUCUCGUAACGGCUAUAAUAUUAUACUUCAUAAUAACAUGAGACAUACCUGAACAAUAGUAAGCUGCAUCUAAACGCAAAGGAAACCGCUUUACUUGCAGUAGGAUUUAUUAAGUUCCUACGUGGACGGCAGUUUUCUCCACCACAACAACAUCACAACUAUUCUAAAAAUUUUCACUUAGAAGAGACACUUCACCAAAUAGAGAAAACUCUGAAAUAUCUAACGACACGAAGUCGAUCGACUCAAGUCACUCAACAAUGAAUAGUAACUCAAAUUUAAGUAGUAAUAAUAAUAAUACGAUAAGUUUCGAUAGCGAGUCAGUUUCAACAAAUUCAACUUUAUUUCUGCCUGAUUUUAACAUAUCGAAUUUAAAGGGCCUGAAGAUUGCAAAUUUAAACAUUAAUAGUCUUUUAAAACAUAUCGAUGAGAUUCGUAUCUUUCUCUCUGAUAACCCUUUUGACAUUUUGGCCAUUAAUGAGACUAAAAUCGACUCCUCAAUUUUGGAUGCAGAUUUGGAUUCAUAUUGUAAUUAUACAAUUGUUCGUUUUGAUCGUAACAGAUUUGGGGGUGGUGUGGCUCUAUAUAUAAAAAAUAAUAUACCAUACACUGAGAGAAAAGAUUUAGUCCCUGAUAAUUUAGAAAUGACAUGUGUGGUCUGUGUGGAGAUUACUAGGCAACAUAGUAAGCCUCUUCUAAUUGCUGCCUGGUAUCGACCACCUAAUUCAGAGCUCGACAUAUUUACCAACUUUGAAUUGUUUCAUCAACAUCCACACUGAUAGACUUAAUAAUUACAAAUAAACCUGAAUAUAUUUCGACUGGUGGCGUCUUACACCUUGGUAUAUCCGAUCAUAGCUUCUUAGUCUAUGCUGUAAGAAAACUUGAAUGACCUAAAUCUAGACCAACUAUAAAAGAAGUCCGCGAUUUCAAACACUUUCCUGAAUCGCAAUUCCGCGCUGAUUUACUGCAGGUAUCCUGGGAUACAAUUUGCUACGAUGAUCCCAAUACAUGCUGGAUUGUAUGGAAAUCAAUUUUUUACGAAAUUUUAAAUAAGCAUGCACCUGUACGCCAAAGAAGAACUAAGGCUAACUCGGUCCCAUGGAUUACACCUGCUAUUAAACAACUAAUGAGGAAUAGAGAUUACCAUAAAAAGAAAGCCAUUAGAUUUAAAUCAUCAAUUCACUGGGAUAAAUACAAAUCCUUACGGAACAGAGUAAAUAAGCAAAUGCGUAAAAGCAAAAUUGACUUUUAUCACAAAGAGAUAGGGGACUGUACACAUUCAAAUGAUUUCAAAAAAAUUUGGUCCCUUAUAAAUUCCCUUACUGGAAGGAAUAACAAAUCUUCCAGUAUUACAGAAAUAUCUGUGAAUGACAACAGCAUUACCGAUUCUAUAUUAAUCGCUGAAAAGUUUAAUGAAUAUUUUGUUAACAUUGGCCCAAGCCUAGCUUCUGAAACUAGUGAAGAGCCUGAAGCUGGUGAAGAGCCUCUUACUCAACACACUACGAAUAGCUACAAUAAUUCCAAUCCCACAACAGAUACGAUAUUCCAUUUCCAUCGUAUUGAUGUAGAAAACGUUUUUCUGGCAUUAAUGAACCUCAAGAUAAACAAAUCUACUGGCCUUGAUAAAAUUCCAGCCAAUGUUCUCCGACUCUCUGCAGAUAUUAUUGCUCCGUCAUUAACAUAUAUAUUUAAUUUAUCACUUGACACUGGUAUUUAUGUGAAUGACUGGAAACGCGCGCGAGUCAUUCCAAUUUACAAAUCUGAAGAUCGACGGAAAUGUGAAAAUUAUAGGCCAAUUUCUAUACUCCCCAUUGUAAGUAAAGUUUUCGAGAGAGAGGUUUUUCGACAGCUUUAUGGCUAUCUUUCCAAUAACUCAUUACUUUCUAAAUUCCAAUCAGGGUUUAGACCUAAACACUCAACCCUGUCUGCGUUGAUACAAAUGUGUGAUAAUUUACUUAAAAACAUGGAUAGUGGUCAAAUAAAUUGUGUAGUCUUUCUUGAUGUUAGAAAAGCCUUCGACUCCAUAAAUCAUGAAAUUCUGAUUGAUAAAAUGCGUAAUUUUUUCGGAGUAACAGGAAACCAACUAAGAUGGUUCGAAUCAUACCUGAAUAACAGGGUUCAACAAUGUCUUAUAAACGGACAACUAUCGAGCCCAAAAAAGAUAAUAUGCGGAGUUUUACAGGGGUCCAUCCUUGGUCCUCUAUUAUUUUUAUUAUACAUAAAUGAUAUGCCUGACUCGUUAAGUCACUUAACUCCUUCACUCUAUGCUGAUGACACGGAAAUUUAUGCAUCUUCUAAUGACUGCGCCGACCUUGCCGACAAG